AUGACGAACCGAUCGAAUAUUGGAGUACAGACCGGUCGAAACAUCCUGCUCUCCCAUUCUCUGUUGACUCGCCCCGUGUUGAUUUUGAUGGCCACGACAACUUCUACGGACUCUCUCAUAGAAGAACGGCGCAAAAGAUACCAUCGAAGCUCGAAAAGCGUCCAAUACUUGAGAGUUUCCAUCCAUCCGAUGACCCUAAACGCAAGGCAGCUGAACUUUAGCAACUUUCAUCUUCCGAGGGGCCAAUUCGGAGCGCUCAACAAGGAGGAAGCGAAUACCAAGAAGUUCCAUCUUCGAGGAAACCAGCUCCACGGACAACUUCCUUCCGCUGAUUGCGGAGUAAACCUCUACGGUGACUUUGCUCGCAACUGUGGAGUAGACCUCGACAGGCUGGCAUCUUCGUUUCAGGACCCUAUACCUUCCCCUCCACCAAGCUCACAAGUAACGCAAAGUGCUUGCUCGUCAAAGAAAAACUUAAAGGGUAAUACUGCCACAACGGCCUCCGACUCACAAGGUCCCAAGGAAACGGGCACAACGCCUCCCGAGGAAACAGCUGCAGAUAAACCCGAUGGGAACAACAAGAAACUGGGCGAGGAAGACAAAUGUCAGAAUCUGGUGAAAACAGCCGAUGGUCAGAGAUUCUUCGCUCUAUGCAUCAACACCGGUGGGCAUAAGAAACUUUCUGAGAUCCCUUUGGCGAAUAUCAAAUCGGACGAGCAGUUGUUUCUGGAGAUGAAGAAACGAUAUCGCGAAGUGCGUGGACAUUGGUCACGCAUCAACUUCCUAGUCAAGCCCAAGACUUUUAAGCUGUGGAGCUUCUUCCGUUCAUACAUAGCUGUCCUCCGUCGGCCCGACUGCCUGCCUCCCAAUACCGAUAUAGAUUAUGAACCUGGGUCAGCUCUACCACCAUCGGAAGCUUUCCUUCAUUAUCUCGAUCACGGCAUCGGGAAAAUUGAUUCAAACCGCAACAUAUGGCUCGAUAUUCUGCCGAAACGGCUCAUAGAACAUCCUCCAGGCUGCAAAGGGUAUGGCGUUCUCAUCACCGAAGGGCCAAACCACGAGGGCAUAUUCAUCGUCAGUAUGGUUGUACUGACAUGUAUUGUAUUUGCGAGCAUUUUGUGGUCAGUGGUAAAGAAGCAUGUCCAAGGUGGGACAGGCAUAGGAACUCUACUUGUGGCUUGUCACGCAAUAUUCUUGAAAACUUGGAUUGCCUGGCGAAGCGGCGACUAG